AUGGGGUCGGUGGUGCUGACGACGCUGCGGCGGAAGCGGGAGGUCGACGCCGCCAUCCGCGACACCUUCGGCAAGGUCCUUGUCCUCCGAUUCGGCCGCGCCUCGCACUCCGUCUGCCUCCAGCUCGACGACGUCCUCACAAAAUCUUCUUGGGACAUAUCCAAAUUUGCAAGGGUAGCAUUGGUUGACAUGGAUUCUGAGGAGAUUCAAGUGUAUGUUGACUAUUUUGAUAUCACGUUGAGGCCGAGGUUCUGCCUGAAACGGCAUUAUAUGUGAUAUGACAUGUUAAUUUUUUUAGUUCACUCUUUUGCAUAAACGGUAGCUUAUCUCUGCUUCCUUUUAUGCAUUGGAGGUAUACACGAAAGGUGCUAUUGUUUGUUAACUGACUGUUGUUUGUACACUGAAAACUGCUAGUUGCCUUGGUUGAAAAACUGCUACUUUUGUUA